UUUUCCUCGACCACACAACUAUGUGUGGGCAAGCCUUUUGUCUGCUCCAGAGCAAGAAACACUUGUCCGAAAAAAGGAUAGGCCAUGAAAGCUGCUUAUUCUAAACAUGCAUCUUGACGCACAUGCUUAGUUGACUCUCUCUCUCUCUCUCUUCCUUACUCGCUCUGAUCUUCUAUAUAUUGGGAUUCGCAUACAGGCCUUUAAUGCCAACAAACCAUAGAGAAAUAUGAAGUGUUCAAAGAGGCCAAAGAUCAUUUUGGUUCCAUAUCCAGCGCAGGGACACGUUACUCCCAUGCUCAAGCUAGCCUCCGCCUUCCAUAACCAUGGAUUUGACAUCAUCAUGAUCACCCCGGAGCACAUCCACCAUCAGGUUGUGUCAAGUGUAAAGCCUACGGACCAGAUUCUGUGCUUGCCAAUACCAGAUGGCUUGGACAGGGACACUCCUCGUGACUUCUUCGCCAUUGAGAUGGCUAUGGAGAACAACAUGCCUCUUCAUUUGGAAGCCAUGGUUGACAAGCUUGAUGAGGAUGGUGGGGUCGUGUGUAUGGUUGUUGAUCUGUUGGCAUCGUGGGCUAUUGACGUGGCCAACCGGUGCCGGGUCCCUGUCGCCGGGUUUUGGCCGGCAAUGCUUGCCACGUACCGCCUGAUUGCCGCCAUACCAGACAUGGUCCGGACGGGUCUUGUUUCUGAUGCAGGAAUUCCCCAACAUCUUGGUACAGUUUGCUUGCCUAAUCAACCAAUGGUAUCUACUGAAGAUCUACCAUGGCUGAUUGGAAGUCUUGCAGCCAGAAAAGCAAGAUUUAAGUUUUGGACAAGAACCUUGGACCGAUCAAGGACUCUUAGAUGGCUCCUUGUGAACUCCUUUGCUGAUGAAUACAUUGAUGGAAAACAAACUGAUCAGUUGGUCAACAGCUCUGAAGAUCAUCCACUUGUUUUCCCUGUUGGACCUUUGAGUAAGCAUGCAAUGACUAAGAACCCUAGUUUAUGGGAAGAAGACAUGAGUUGCUUAGAUUGGCUGGACAAGCAAAAGCCUAACACAGUUGUUUACAUCUCAUUCGGAAGCUGGGUCAACUCUAUCGGAGAAGAAAAAGUGAGAAAUCUGGCGUCGGCGUUAGCGGAAUCCGGCCGGCCGUUCAUGUGGGUGCUCCGGUCUGCUUGGCGUGAAGGGUUACCGGUUGGAUACUUGGAGAUGGUGAAGAUGCAAGGCAAGGUGGUUUCAUGGGCUCCACAAAUGGAAGUUUUGCAGCACAAGGCUGUGGGGUGCUACCUCACGCAUUGUGGGUGGAAUUCAACAAUGGAGGCUAUACAAUGCCAGAAAAGCCUUUUGUGUUGCCCAGUGGCAGGGGACCAGUUCAUAAAUGACAAAUACAUUGUCGAGGUAUGGAGAAUUGGGGUGAAACUCAAUGGAUUUGGACAAAAAGAUUUUGAGGAAGGCUUGAGAAAAGUGAUGGAGGACAGUGAGAUGAAGAAUAGGCUAAAAAGGCUAUAUGAGAGAACAAUGGGAGAGGAGGCUAAUUCAGGAGCAAUGUCUAAUCUCACAGCCUUCAUUGAUGAGCUCAAGAUAAUGUCACUUGAGGCUCCCAUUAAAUCUGUUCAUGACUUUAAUUUCUAGCUUUUCAUCUUAGAAUAAAAUGUUGACAAAUUUACAAAAAUCAACAUGAGUUACCAUGAUAAACAAUCUUUGAUAAGAGGUUAACCGGGUUACCGGCAUUUUUA